AUGACGAGCGCUAGGGGUCUCUUACCGUCGAGACCAGCUCUGAAACUGGGAACCUGGAAUGUCAGGACUAUGCUUACUGGUAUUUCAGUUGACCUUGGAAGCAUAAAUGACCUUAGAAAAACUGCAGUUAUAAACAAUGAGCUCUCUAGACUUGAUGUCGACAUUGUUGCACUGCAGGAGACGCGCCUUGCAGAGGCAGCUAGCCUACGCGAGAAAGACUAUACCUUCUAUUGGCAUGGUAAGCCAAAAGAUGAGAGAAGGGAGCAUGGUGUCGGCUUUGCUGUGAAGAAUAGUCUGUUGAAAAUGAUUGAACCUCCAACAAACGGCUCUGAACGUAUUCUCACAAUGAGACUCAACACCACCACUUGCCCUGUGACACUCAUCAGUGUCUACGCGCCAACUCUCAUGGCCUCCUCUGACACAAAAGAUGAGUUUUAUGAAAAUCUCUGUGCCACCCUUCUGAAAGUUCCUCCAAAAGACCAAGUUAUUCUACUUGGCGAUUUCAAUGCCCGUGUUGGUAGUGACUACGAGGCUUGGCCUUCUUGUUUAGGCAAACUCAAUGUUGGCAAAGUUAAUGAAAAUGGUCAGAGACUUCUUGAAUUUUGCACGCGUCUCAAUCUUUGCGUUGCUAACUCAUUCUUUCAGACUAAACCUCAGAAUAAAGUUUCUUGGAGACAUCCACGCAGCAAGCAUUGGCAUCAGCUUGAUCUUGUGCUUGUUCGUAGAUCAAACCUCAAUUCCAUCAAAGAAUAUUCAAUCAUAGAGUCAGAUCAAGCUGAAAAGCGAUGGCAGUCUUUGAAAUCUGCAAUGCACAGCUGUGCACUUGCAACCUUUGGUAGAAAAAAAACCAAGUCUUCUGACUGGUUUGAGACAAAGUCUAAGAUACUUAAUCCUGUUAUUGUGAAAAAGAGGCAAAUGCAGUGCGUGUACAACAAGCACCCCAGUAGAGAAAAUCUGUACAAGCUCCGGCAAGCCAGAAAUGAGGCCAAGCAGAUGGUCAGGCGUUGCGCCAAUGACUACUGGAUGGAGCUGAGUCAGCACAUUGAAAAUGCCUCUGCUACAGGCAAUAUCAGAGCCAUGUAUGAGGGCAUUAAGACUGCAACAGGGCCUACUCAGAUCAAAUCUGCCCCCUUGAAAUCCUCCUCUGGAGAACUUAUUGUGGACAAGGGUAAGCAGUUGGAUCGCUGGAAAGAGCAUUAUUCUGUCCUAUACUCUAGGCAGAGCUCUGUUUCUGAGUCCGCACUUGCUGCGAUGGAGCAACUUAGUGUUUUACAUGAGCUUGAUGAGAUGCCUACAAUCUCUGAGCUGAGUAAAGCUAUUGACCAGCUUGCCCCUGGUAAAGCUCCAGGAAGUGAUGAGAUACCUCCUGAUUUAAUCAAACAGUGUCAGACAGUCCUCCUUAAACCUAUUUAUGAUCUUCUUUGUUGUUGCUGGGCAGAAGGUGAAGUGCCACAGGACAUGAGAGAUACUAAGAUAGUUACUCUCUACAAGAAUAAAGGUGAACGGAGUGACUGCAACAAUUACAGGGGCAUAUCUCUCCUUAGUAUAGUGGGCAAGGUAUAUGCAAGAGUUCUUCUUGCCAGGUUACAAAAGCUUGCUGAGCGUGUCUAUCCUGAAUCUCAGUGUGGUUUCAGGGCAGGCCGAUCAACUAUUGACAUGAUCUUUGCAUCAAGACAGCUUCAGGAGAAAUGUUCUAAUCUCAGCGCUGGAAAAAAAAGACUAUUAAUGUUCUCAAAAACGAAUACUACUCAGAGAAUUAUUUGCAAUUCGGGCUUGCACACGGCCCAGCAAGCAUGUGGAUUUAACCGGGAAUCUCUUAAGGGGCAAAGUGAGAUGUCGUUCAAGUUCGGAAUGCAGGAGACGAGCACACAGGCCAACUACAAGUCAGUGCUCAUAUUAUACAUUCGGCCGUCCACUACUUAUAUGUCUCCAUAUAUUCAUCUUAAUCACUGGCAGAGUAAACUCUCAUGGCUAAGUGAUAAGCUGAAAUUUAUGAUUCCUGAUGAAGAUAUGAUCGAAAUUCAUCAAAUUAAUUUCUUGCAAUCAAAUGGCACGCCCUCACUUUAUUCUGACCUUAGAUCGCGUUACUGUGUGAUCACGGGAUACAUGCGAGCAGAAAUCACAGUGUUCCAUGGCAUCUAA